UGUCACUCACAAUCUGUAAAAUUGGGGAAAAAAAAGAAACAAAUACAUCUCCCAACUGUGAAAAACAAAAUUAAAUAUUUUAAAUAAAAAUAAUUAAACAUGAUACAUAGUUUGUUUAUAGUCAAUAAUAGUGGAGAUGUUUUUCUGGAAAAACAUUGGCGAAGUGUUGUCUCUCGAUCCGUAUGUGACUACUUUCUAGAUGCUCAACGAAAAGCCCCAUUUGAUGUUCCUCCAGUUAUCCAAACUCCUCAUUAUUAUCUUGUCACUGUUCAACGAAAUGGAAUAUCGCUUGUAGCUGCGUGUAAAAAUGAAUUCCCACCUUUAUUCGUGAUUGAAUUCCUUCAUCGAGUCAUCGAUACUUUUGAAGAUUAUUUCUCUGAUUGUUCAGAAUCUGUUAUCAAAGAAAACUAUGUUGUGGUUUAUGAACUUUUAGAUGAGAUGUUGGACAAUGGAUUCCCAUUGGCAACAGAAAGUAAUAUUCUCAAAGAACUUAUCAAGCCACCAAACAUUUUGCGAACAAUUGCUAAUACCGUUACAGGAAAGUCCAAUGUAAGCGGUACAUUGCCAUCUGGCCAACUAUCUGCGAUUCCAUGGCGUCGUAGCGGGGUGCGGUACACCAACAACGAAUCUUACUUCGAUGUUAUCGAAGAAGUUGAUGCUAUAAUUGACAAAUCUGGAGCAACUGUAUUUGCAGAAAUCCAAGGCUAUAUUGACUGUUGCAUUAAACUUUCCGGAAUGCCUGAUCUUACACUUUCUUUCAUGAAUCCGAGAUUAUUUGAUGAUGUAUCAUUCCAUCCAUGUGUGCGGUUUAAACGUUGGGAAUCCGAACGCAUUCUAUCAUUCAUUCCACCAGAUGGAAAUUUCCGUCUUAUGUCUUAUCAUAUAAGCUCACAGAGCGUCGUAGCUAUUCCAAUUUACAUAAGACAUAAUUUCUCUAUAAAAACUGGCGAACAGGGUCGUUUAGAUUUGACAGUUGGACCGCGAACAACUCUCGGACGUACAGUUGACAAAGUUAAACUAGAAAUCUCAAUGCCAAAGUGUGUCUUGAACUGCAUUCUCACACCUAAUCAGGGAAAGUAUUCAUUUGAUUCAGUUACAAAAAUUCUACACUGGGAAGUGGGAAGAAUUGAUGUAACCAAGUUGCCAAAUAUUCGUGGAACGGUUUCCAUAGCAGCUGGUAGCACUAACUUGGAUGCCAAUCCUACCAUUAACGUACAGUUCUCAAUAUCGCAACUGGCUGUCUCUGGACUGAAAGUAAAUCGCCUUGAUAUGUAUAAUGAGAAGUAUAAACCUUUUAAAGGUGUCAAAUAUAUUACUAAAGCGGGCAAAUUCCAAAUUCGUAUGUGAGAUCUGAAAUAAAUUAAGAGCAUUGUUGACUUCGGUUAAGUUGAUUAAAAAAAAUAUUUUAAACAUAAAUAAAUUUCUUUAAAAAAAUAAUAGUAA